UUUAAGGUAAUCGUCAUCUUCAUGGUGGCCGCCUCGGCCUACGCUGGGGGCCGCUUCGGCUUCCACCACGGAGGCUUCGGCGGUGGACACGUCUUCGCCGCUGCGGCAGCUCCAGUCGUCUCCAAGGCCUUUUUGGCAGACGCAGCCUACCCGCCACAGCCGUACAGCUUUGGCUAUGACACCGUGGACGAAUACGGCAACAAGCAAUUCCGCAACGAGCAGAGCGAUUCCAACAACGUCAAGACCGGUUCCUAUGGUUACACGGACGCGCACGGGCUCUACCGUCGCGUCAACUACGUCGCUGACGCGCACGGCUACCGGGCCACUGUGAGCACCAACGAACCAGGCACCAAGGCCGGAGCCAGUGCCGACGCCGUGUUCGAUGCAAAUCCCGUGGUCAGCGGGCCGGUCGUGAAGGCUGCCGCCGCCUACGUGGCGCCCACGUACGCCAAGCUCCACGUUCCCGCUUACGCUUUCGGCCACCACCAUGGCUACGGCCACCGCUACUGA